AACAGAGGAAUAUAUAUAUAGUAAGACCAGAAGCGAUUGAGGGUGUUGUUCGAGAGUAGUAAUCAUGGAUUAUAUGACCCUACGUUUUUUAGUUCUACUUCCUAGCUAUACAACUAACUAUUUCUUAUCUUGAAAGCACCUCUCAGUUUUCUGUGAUUGGAAGAAAAUUCUUAGCUUUGGAUAAUUAGGUCUCUGGGUUCCAGUUUGGAUUUCUUGUAGAAUAUGGGGAAGACGAUUCAGCUCUCUGGGUUCCCUACUGAUGUUACUGCAGAAGCAGUUAAAGAAUUUCUGGAACGUUACACUGGCAAUGGAACUAUUUAUGCUCUGAAAAUAAAGAUCCAGAAUCCAAAAUCAGUUAGUCGGACUUCUGCUUUUGCUACUGUACAAUUUGCAUCUGCUGAAAGUGCUGAAAUGAUAACCUACUUGGUUAAUCGGCCUCUGCAACUGUAUUAUGGAACUAAUUGUUUGAAGGUUAAGGAUAUGAAACGUGAUAUAGAACCCAAACCAAGGUCCUCAACUCUCACUUUGGAGAAUACGACACUACAUUUUGGCUGUCAGGUUUCUGGUGAUCAAUUCUCUGUUUUCUGGUCAGGGCAGAAUGUUAAGGUGAACUUUGGUUUUAAGCUUCGGAAGAUAUACUUCUUCUUGUCUUAUGGCGGAGUAGAGUAUAAGCUUCAACUCUCUUAUGAGGAUAUCUGGCAAAUCCAGCUUCGUCAUCCACAUAGUCAAAAUAGUUACAAGUAUCUGCUAAUUCAGGUGCUUGGAGUUCCUCUUAUCUAUGAGAAAACUGUACGCUCUUCGGGGCUUUCAUAUGAAGAUCCUGUUUUAAAUUAUUGUAUGGAUGAUUCAAAUGAUCAGUGGGAUAGAGCAACCGAUUUCACUCCCUCAUGUUGUAUUGGGCAAUCUUCUGCCAUGUGCUUGGAACUUUCAUGCAGCUGUUCGCUUCUGGAUUUCAAAGAAUAUUUUGACCACUAUAAAGAAGAUGAAGGUCAGUUCAUUUUGAAGAGUGGAUCAGCUUUCUCCCGUAAUUUGGAUCUAGUCCCCAUUGUUGGCCCUCCUGAUGUUCCUGAGUUGCAGGGAUUUCCAUAUGACAUUCUCUUUAAGGUGUGUUCCUUGGUUCAGAAUGGGUGCCUUGCUGGGCCAACACUUGAUGCCAAUUUUUUUAAGUUGGUUCAUCCUGCACACAAUCCAGUUAAGUACAUAGAGCAUGCCUUGGAGAAGUUAUAUCAUCUAAAAGAGUGCUGCUAUGAACCUGUCCAGUGGCUCCAUGAGCAAUAUGGAAGAUACCGUAAAUCCAAUCGUCUACCUAAUUCUCCUUCUAUUUUCUUAGAUACCGGCUUGGUAUAUGUCCGUAGGGUUCUAAUAACCCCUAGUAAAGUGUACUUUUGUGGUCCAGAGUUUAAUGUUUCAAAUCGUGUGCUACGCAACUUCCAUAACUACAUUGAUAAUUUUAUUCGUGUAUCUUUUGUUGACGAGGAUUUUGAUAAACUGCAUUCAAAAGAUUUAUCUCCAUGUACCAAGGAAGAAAGACAUACUGGAAUUUAUAGAAGGAUACUUUCUACUUUAAGAAAUGGCUUAAUUAUUGGAGAAAAGACAUUUGAUUUUCUUGCCUUCUCAUCAAGUCAGUUGCGUGAAAAUUCUGCAUGGAUGUUUGCAAAAACAGAUGAUGGGCUUACAGCAGCAAGGAUAAGAGAUUGGAUGGGUGAUUUUCGUGCAAUAAGAAAUGUGGCAAAGUAUGCUGCUAGAUUGGGUCAAUCUUUCGGUUCUUCCACAGAAACUCUUAACGUUCGUAAGGAUGAAGUUGAGAGUAUCCCUGACAUUGAGCUGGAAAGAGGACAGAUGAAAUAUGUUUUCUCGGAUGGGAUUGGAAAAAUUUCUGCUGAUUUUGCUAGGAGAGUUGCAAUAAAAUGUGGCUUAAAAAGUUCUAUUCCUUCUGCCUUUCAAAUAAGAUAUGGUGGCUACAAGGGUGUUGUGGCUGUUGAUCCUACAUCAACAAUGAAAUUAUCCUUGAGGAAGAGUAUGUGUAAGUAUGAAUCGCAAAACACAAAACUUGAUGUUCUGGCAUGGAGCAAAUAUCAGCCUUGCUUCCUCAAUCGUCAGGUUAUCACUCUUUUGUCAACACUUGGUGUGAAAGAUCAUGUUUUUCAAGAGAAGCAAAAUCAGGCUGUAGAUGAACUAGAUGCUAUUCUAACUGAUUCAUUGAGGGCACAGGAAGCACUUGAGCUGAUGUCUCCAGGUGAAAACAGUAAUGUUCUGAAGGAAAUGUUGAUGUGUGGUUAUGAGCCUCAUGCUGAACCAUUCCUUUCGCUGAUGCUACAAACAUUUCGGGCAGCAAAGCUGAAUGAACUACGGACAAAGUCAAGGAUAUUUGUUCCAGAUGGAAGAUCAUUAAUGGGAUGUCUGGAUGAAACUCGAACCUUGGAAUAUGGGCAAGUAUUUGUCCAAGUUUCUGGCAUUGGCCACAUGUUUGGUGGAAAUGAAUCAGACCAGAAAAAAAGAAUUGUUAAGGGAAAUGUAGUCGUUGCUAAAAACCCAUGCUUGCAUCCUGGCGACGUGCGUGUUUUGCAAGCCAUUGAUGUCCCAGCAUUGAACCAUAUGGUUGAUUGCAUUGUUUUCCCACAAAAAGGAGAAAGACCACACCCGAAUGAAUGUUCAGGAAGUGAUUUAGAUGGAGAUCUAUACUUUGUUAGUUGGGACCCUGCACUUAUUCCACCUCGUCAAAUCCAACCCAUGGAGUAUGUCCCGGCAGAAACUAUUUCCUUGGACCACGAUGUUACAAUUGAGCAAGUUGAGGAGUACUUCACAAACUUCAUAGUGAAUGAAAGCCUUGGAAUAAUUUCAAAUGCUCACACAGUAUUGGCUGACAAGGAACCUGACAAGGCAGAAAGCAAUAAAUGUAUAGAGCUUGCGAGGCUUUUCUCAAUUGCUGUUGAUUUUCCAAAGACUGGUGUACCAGCUGAAAUCCCACAUCGUCUACGUGUCAAGGAAUAUCCAGAUUUCAUGGAAAAGGAUGAUGACAAGUCAACCUACGAAUCACAGGGAGUGAUUGGAAAACUGUACAGAGAUAUAAAAAACAAAGUACCACACACAUCCUUUACAGAAUUUACUGAGGAGGUUGCAAGGAAAUCUUAUGACCCUGACAUGGAGUUUGAUGGCUUUGAGGAUUACAUUGAUGAUGCUUAUUAUUACAAAGGUGAGUACGAUUUUAAGUUGGGAAACCUAAUGGAUUAUUAUGGGAUCAAAACCGAGGCAAUGAUCCUCAGUGGGAGUAUGAUGAAGAUGGCAAAAUCAUUCACAAAGAAAUGGGACGCGGAGGAGGCAAUGGGAUUGGAAGUUAGGUCUUUAAAGAAAGAGGCAAGGAGAUGGUUCGAUGAUGGACUUGGGCCAGGCUCACCAACCGACAAGGCAUAUGCUAAGGCAUCAGCUUGGUAUCAUGUAACAUAUCAUCCUGAUUACUGGGGCUGUUACAAUGACGGAAUGAAACGGGACCAUUACCUUAGUUUUCCAUGGUGUGUCUAUGAUAAGCUGAUAAAGAUCAAGAAGAUAAAGAUCAAGGACAAAAGCAGUAUCACAAGUUCACUGGAACACUACUUUGCAGAUGGUUUGAGGCAUAGUUGAAAAGCAUGGUACCCUUAAUUUAAAUUUCUGAUGUCUGCUUAUUUUUCUGUAUCUUUGGAUUGGUAGAAACCAUUUAUGUGUGUAAAUAGGUAAAGGGCUUGAUUGAACUAUGCCGAAUGUGAUGUAAAUAGGAAAGCUUCACCCUAACUAUUGAAGAUUGCAUUUCUACUUUCUAGUUGUUGAUACUAUGAAUAUUUGAUUCGACAGUUUGCACCA